AUGAUAUAUACACGAAUUCAGCUCACCAACGGCUGGACCUUUAAACAGCAGGAGUGGCCGUCAGAAAAAUGGCUUCCCGUUUCCCAGGCCCCUAGUCAAAUUCACAUGGAUUUGUUGGCUCAUAAAAAAAUACCAGAUCCAUUCGUGGACAUGAAUGAGCGUGCUGUACAAUGGAUUGGUGAAAAAGUGUGGCAAUAUCGCGUCUCGUUUCCUGCCCCAAAAGCCUCCUCCGCAAGCGCUGCCACAGACCUCGUCUUCGAAGGUCUUGAUACAUUUGCGACAGUGCUGCUCAAUGGCAGAGAAAUUCUCAAGACAGAUAAUAUGUUCGUCUCUUAUCGGGUCAACAUCAGUGAGCACAUCAAACCUGACGGGAACAAUAUUUUGGAGAUUGUAUUCGACUCUGCUUUGAUUCGUGGCCGAGAGAUCGUCAGGGAACAUAGUCACGAGCAUAGCUUUCUUGUUAGACAGACCGAGGCUGGCCGAGUGGCCGUCAGGAAAGCCCAGUACAACUGGGGUUGGGAUUGGGGCCCUAUCCUCAUGACUGCAGGACCCUGGAAGCCUGUAUAUCUCGAGCAGUAUACUGCUCGCGUGGACGAUGUGUGGGCUCAAAACGAACUUGACUCAGACCUGGAGGCAGUCACUGGCACAAUUUACACCAAUGUCGUGGGUGACUUCCAUCCUGAUGACCGACUCGCCAUCUCCCUAACACUCGAGGGCAGAAAGGUUUUGGAAGAACUAGCCCCUGCCCCCCGAAACGGCAAGUAUUCUGUUCCGUUCAAGAUCGCAAACCCUCAGCUCUGGUAUCCUCACAGCUAUGGCAAGCAAACCCGCUACAAACUCCAGGCCAGCAUUGUGCGGAGCGGUGCAGAGCUGCAUUCUACAUCAAAGUUGAUCGGCUUCCGUCGUGCCGAGCUCAUCCAAGAACCCGAUGCCCAUGGCAAGUCGUUCUACUUCCGCAUCAACAAUGUCGACGUGUUCGGCGGGGGCUCAUGUUGGAUUCCCGCUGACUCGUAUCUGUCACAAAUCUCCCCUGCGCGUUACCACGACUGGAUCAAGCUUAUGGCAGAAGGUAACCAAGUCAUGGUUCGCGUGUGGGGAGGUGGAAUCUACGAAGAUGAUGCCUUCCUCGAUGCCUGUGACGAAUUUGGCGUGCUCAUAUGGCAUGAUUUCCAAUUCGCAUGUGCCAGCUAUCCCACCUAUCCGUCGUACAUGAAUACGCUUGAAAUAGAAGUCAGACAACAACUUCGGCGGCUUAGAUGCCACCCAGCCGUUGUAGCUUGGGCAGGGAACAACGAAGACUACCAGGUUCAAGAACGAUACCGGCUCGACUACGACUUUGAAAACAAGGACCCAGAGUCGUGGCUCAAAUCAACAUUCCCAGCUCGAUACAUCUACGAGCAUUUUCUUCCCGAGCUAGUUAAGCAAGAAGAUCCUUUCAUGAUCUAUCAUCCAUCCAGCCCUUGGGGCGACGGCAAACCUACAGCCGAUCCCACAGUCGGGGAUAUUCACCAAUGGAACCUCUGGCACGGUGCCGUCAACAAAUACCAGGAAGUAUCCCUCCUCGGUGGCCGAUUCGUCAGCGAAUUCGGCAUGGAAGCCUACCCCCAUCUAUCCACUGUCCGACGCAUGACCACCCACCCGUCCCAGCUCUACCCGGGCUCCAUGACAAUCGACUUUCACAACAAAGGCAUCUUCAACGAGCGCCGCAUGACGACCUACGUCUCCGAGAACUUCCGCCUUAAGUACGACCUCCCCUCCUACAUUCACCUUACACAGGUCGUGCAAGCGGAAGCCAUGCGCGCCGCGUACAAGACCUGGCGUCGUGACUGGGGCACUUCAGGAGACCGCAAAUGCGGAGGCGUACUGGUCUGGCAACUCAACGACUGCUGGCCAACCAUGUCCUGGGCCGUAGUAGACUAUUACCUCGUCAAGAAACCCGCAUACUACGCCAUCUCACGGGCGUUGAGGCCUCUCGAUGUCGGUGUGAGCAGGACGUAUCACGACUGGACGCAGACAGGAUACUAUAUCGAUGAGAAUUCAAAACUGUGCACGGGUCAGGUUGACCAGACUCUCCCCGCGAGGGAGUCUACUUUUGAUGUGUGGAUCGCCAGCUCCAAGGUUCAAGCUGUAAAUGCCAAAGUCACAGUACGCUUCAUAUCCAUCCGCUCAGGAAGAGACGUCUCCGAGAGCAUAACGGCAUCCGUGAGCGCUUCAGCGAAUGCCACCACGACGGUAUUUUCAAGCAAACCCCUGAAACCAUCCAUCCCACAUCAUGACGACUACACCAUUCCAUUUGACGUUACGCAGUAUGACCCGUAUGUAGUCUACACGACGUUGUCUGUAGAUGGCGCCGUGGUCGCCACCGACGCCGCGUGGCCGGAUCCCAUCAAAUUCCUCGACCUGUCUAAUCGAGGAAUCUCAUUUGCCAUAUCCGAAAACCGCGUCACCGUCUCUUCAGACCGCCCCGUCAAGGGCUUCGUGUUCGAAGAAGUGCAAGGUAUGAAACUAAGCGACAAUGGGUUCGACAUCAUGCCCGGCGAACAGCACGUCGUUACGGUCGAGGAACCCGUCUCAGCCGAUAAACUCCGAUGGACGCACAUUGACGCAGACGACGCCUCCAUGGAAAUAAAAAUAAGACGUUAG